CUUUUCAGCACCAACCAGUGCAGAAAAAUACAGUUAGAAUACAAAAAAGCACAGUUUUUUCAGCGAAGUAAAACGUAUAAUUAUUACACAAAGUACCCCAACAUGACGCAGAUCCCUUUUCAUCUAUCUUAGAAUUGAGCAUCAAAACUGAAGACAUACAUCCGCAAUGGGUGUGUAUAGAAUGCCCAGAAUCGUUCGAAACGAUAGAGGAAUUCUCUAGUCAUCAUGAACAAACCCAUGUAUUCCCAUGUCAUGUAUGUGGCAAGAUAUACAAAAAACUAGAGCUAACGGAACAACAUAAAUAUUUUAUGCAUCCAGAAGCAUGCAUUUUUAAGUGUUCGGUGUGCGAUGCAGUGUUCAAGACAGUGGAGCGAUUGGAAAGCCAUUUGAAUACCUUUCAUCCAUACGAAUGCGGUCUAUGUACGAAGAGAUUUAAGUUACAGGGAAUGUUAAGAGAACACGUCUCUUCUGAGCACCCAGGCCAAAGUGAUGAGCAAAGUAAAAAGUGUCUAUUUCAUUGUGAUAUUUGCGGAAAGGAAUUGCCUAGCAAGCCAGCUUUAAGAGUACAUCGGGUGGAUAAGCAUGGCAAUGAACAACACAAUUGUCCGCAUUGCGAACGAGUUUUCAGAUCCAAACCAAGAUUGAGAAACCACAUAUAUGCCAAGCAUAACGAAAAGACUGUUUGCGGUAUAUGUGGCGUGAUAGUAUCCUCGAGGAAAUGGCUGAGUAACCACAUGAAACUUCACGAAGAUAACAAACCGUACAAAUGCGACAUUUGUUAUAAACGAUUCAAUGCGCAUUAUACUUUGCAAGGCCAUAAGAGGAUUCAUAGUGAUGAAAAACCGUUUGCAUGUAGCCUUUGCUCGAAGAGUUUUAGACAAAAAUCCACGUUAAGAAAUCAUAUGGUCGUCCACACAGAAGACAAGACUUACUCCUGUGGAGUGUGCCAUAAAGAUUUUCGACAUAGAGCUUCUUUAAGUAAACACAGGUGUAUUGACACAUAAUAACACAAGGAAUAAUAUUUAUGUCUCACAAUUUAUUUGAUUACAUUGUAAAAUAUUAAACAUACACUAAAAACACUAGACGUCCUUGAUGAUUUUUCUCCUAAUUGUUAUUUGUUGCUAUUGUCGAUAACUGUUUCCAGCUCCAGACGAUGAAGACAUAUAUCUUCGAAAGCUUGAGAGUUUAAGUUAUAAGAGUGCACUUUUGCAAUACUUUGCCUUCUAGCCAAAGAAAUUAAAGGAUAUUUUCUCCUAACAGUUAAGGCAAUUAGCUAUGAAUA